AUGCGAGGAAUAUUACCUGCUAAAUAUUAUUUGUUUUGGUUUGAAAAUACAGCUGUUCUUAGAGGUGAAACAGAAAAUGAGGCGAUUAAUGGUUUAGAUAAUAAGAAUUGGAAUGUGUGUCAAGCUCUGGACUAUAUGAUCGUCGACAACAAAUUCGUUUUUUGUAGCGGAUCUUAGCCGCGAUAGUGCCUUACGCUCGUAGUAGAAGUGCAUACAUCCAAAAUGGACGUCCGUCAACCCAUUGAGAUCGACCCAGAUUUCGAGCCACAGCAGCGAGUGCGCUGUAAUACUUGGCCCUGUCGUCCACAGGAGGAUGUGGUAGAGGCGCAGUGCUCCCCAGUGUCGGACGAAUCGACAGCAGACAAUCAUGUAAAACCGGACAAUCUGGGCUUGAAUAAAAAGACUUCGUCUCGGCGUAAUGCAUGGGGAAAUCUUUCCUACGCUGACCUAAUUACGAAAGCGAUUCAGAGUUCUGCAGAGCAGAGACUGACAUUGUCACAAAUUUAUGAUUGGAUGGUACAAAAUGUUCCCUAUUUUAAGGAUAAAGGUGACAGCACAAGUUCAGCAGGAUGGAAGAACUCCAUCAGACACAACCUGUCUCUACACAGUCGCUUCAUGCGGAUUCAGAAUGAAGGUACAGGGAAAAGUUCCUGGUGGGUCAUUAAUCCAGAUGCCAAACCUGGCAAAACCCCCAGACGAAGAGUCAGCAGUAUGGAGACCAAAAGCUACGAAAAACGUCGAGGUCGGGUCAAAAAGAAAGUGGAGGCCAUGAGGGCUGCCUUAGAGAACAACAGUCCAUCGUCAACAACAGAGGACUAUCUAGACUCACCAUUGAGUUUUCAGUUGAGUCCAGACUUCCGACCUCGAGCGAGUUCUAAUGCCAGUAGCUGUGGUCGGUUGUCGCCAAUACCAGCUAGUAUAGAGCCAGACCUUCAUGAUAAUCAGGUACCCAGGAUGUCCCCGAUCCAUUGGGGCCAGGAACUGGAUACAUCUGGAAGCUACAAUGAUGUUCCAUAUGAUCCUAUUAUUAGCAGUCUGGUGGAUGGAAUGAAGCUAGAUAGUAAUAUGGGAAUACCAGAUGACAUGGGGCUCAGAAUGGAUCCCAGUGAGAUCGAGAUGCUCGAAGGGGGAAUGGUGCACUCUUUGCUCAACUCCAGUCAAGGAAAUAUCAAUGAGAAUGUAACACAACAGAUGAUGUCUUCUAAUGGAAACAUGAAUAUGUCGCAGUAUAAUGAUCAAAGUGCCAACUUCAAUGACAGCAAUCAAUAUGGUAGUACCCUCCCAGCCCCUCCCACCUACCAAGAUUCCUUGAGACGAAGUCCUCAGCAACAGGGCAGCUUAGAGCAACUGUUGAUGUCUAAUGGAGGAUUUGGGGAUAUGCCAUUGCAGCAGCAACAGAAUAUAAGAAUGUACAACAGCCCUCAGUCAGCCCAACAUAGCCCGAUGUACUCCCAGCAAGAGGCCUUACUAAUGCAGCAGAACAGUGGAAGCCCAUCUGGUAGUUCUUUGAGCAUUAACACACAGAUGUCCUCGCCAGCGCGCUCACCUCAACAACAGGUGAGUCCUAAUUUCAACAACCAUAUGAUGAAUUAUGGCCAGCAGCAACACUCGCCACAGCCCAGCAUGAAGCCAAUGUCUCCACAGCAACCAAUGAUGAAUCGACAGCCAACCUCCCCAUCUCAGCCUUCGCUGCUCCAGCGCUGUCUGGAACAGAGCUCUGAAGCCCUCAUCAGGCAGUCACCCUCAGACUCCCUACUCAGACAGGCCCUCACUCAGAAGUCUAGCCCACAGUACUCUAAACAGACAACAAAUACAAAUCAGGUCCCCUUCUCCACCUCACAAAAUACAGGCUUCACAAAUCUGUGUCCAGUGCCCAGACAAAACAUGAGUCUGAGCAAUGGACUGAACAACAACUUGGUUUCUUCACAGCAGAAUGCUAGAAAUGUCAUGACAUCACUUCAUCAGGCUCUUGCUGGCUCUCCAAAUAUGACCUCAACACAGUCAGUCAUCUCUUCACAGCCAGUAAUCUCUGAAAACAGUUCGGGUACUUCCCUGAAUGAACUGAGUCCCGAUUUCUUUGAAUCAGACAGUGACAUGCAGAAAGUGCUUCAGCAGGAAAUCCACCUGGAGGGCAGUUUGGAUUUUGACUUUGAUCCGGUUGGCACAAGUCCAGCAGGAUCUUUAGAAUCACAAAACAUGGUUCGAUAAUGAUGGUUUUCUGCCCUAGCAGGUAUGUAGGAAAAGAUGGAGUGAUUGUGAUGAGAAGACUGGAGUUCAAAUAUCAUUUCAGUAGUUGUUGUGUCUAACAAAAAAAAAAUAUAUUUGUUGUCCCCCAGACCGAACUCCAGAUUCUCUUUAUGUGGCAGCACUACAAUAUCAGCAACUUGAACAACAGAGCAAUACAGAGCGAGGAUGCCCUGCAUACUCAGCUAUUAAAAAGGAGGUGCAUGUGGAACUUGGAGUGAAAAUAAACAAAGCCUCUACUUAGUAAUAGUGCAGAGUAAGAGGACAAAUGGUCCAGGAAAAAGAGAACAUUUAAAGGGGAGAAAAGAGUGAUCUCAGACAUAUAGUGCAUGUUCAAUCCGUGUGCUACAGAUUUCUUCAUGAAGACUCGAGUGUGUCUCGAACACAUUUACAGAGCUAUUCAAGGAGUACACAUCUAUUCUCGAUACAGUAGCCACACCUCAUGGAAAAGGAAAGGACAGCAACAGAGCCAUUUAUAUAUUCUUUAC